AUUGUCUAUUGUUCUCUAAACAGUAAACCACUAUUUCACACGAGAUUGUCGGCUGCAGUGAUAUUCUAAGUCCCCGGCUCCUCAUGAGUAUGAAGUGAAGGGCUCUGACCCAGAAAGUGGUUCUAAGCAGGGCAAAAUGGGGUCUCGGAAGUGUGGAGGCUGCCUAAGUUGUCUGCUGAUUCCGCUUGCACUCUGGAGUAUAACUGUGAAUAUAUUACUGUAUUUCCCAAAUGGGCAAACUUCCUAUGCUACCAGCAAUAAACUCACCAACUACGUGUGGUAUUUUGAAGGGAUCUGUUUCUCGGGUGUCAUGAUGCUUGUAGUAGCAGCAGUUCUUCUAGUACUGGAGAGUGAUAACAACUACAAAUGUUGCCAGAGUGAAAACUGCAGCAAAAAAUACAUGACACUGCUGUCAAUCAUCUUUUCUGCCCUUGGAAUUGCUUUUUCUGGAUACUGCCUGGUCAUAUCUGCUUUGGGUCUUGUCCAGGGCCCAUACUGCCACACCCUCGAUGGCUGGGAGUAUGCCUUUGAAGGCACUGCAGGACGUUUCCUUACGGAUUCCAGCAUGUGGAAUCAGUGCCUGGAACCUGCACAUAUAGUCGAGUGGAACAUCAUUUUAUUUUCCAUUCUCAUAUCCCUCAGCGGGCUUCAAGUAAUCAUCUGCCUCAUGAGAGUCGUCAUUCUGUUAUCCAAGAUACUGUGUGGAAGCUAUUCAGUCAUCAUCCAGCCUGGAAUCAUUUGAAUAGGACAAAGAUAUUUUCCAUUAUCGAGAUAUGGCAAUCUUUCUAAGUCUUAUAUCAACUGUAUAGAGUCGAGGGCAAUUUUCAAAUGAUGGUGUUUUCUUCAUUUGGUUUAUUGUGCCCCUUUGCGAAAUUUGCAAUCCUCACUGGAAGUUCAAAUUAUGCUACCCUCCUAUUUAGAAUGUUUUUCCUAAGCAAUAUGUAUCAGGAAUUUCAGAAAUGCUUAUGUCCUUAAUCAAACAAAUCCACUUCCAAGAAUCUAUACUAUGGGAAUAAAUAAGAAUAUAAGAUAAAACUUUCUGAAAAUAUGUAUAUUGCAACAUUGUUUAAUAUUUUGGAAAAUUAGAAAUACCCCAAAAGGCUAGCUUUAGAGGAAGAAUUAAAUAAAGAGUGGUAUAUACUGUAAAUGCUUUCUGAUA